AUGGCAGAACAAACAACGGCAACCGACCACGAAGUGCGACUUCCCGCGGCCUCGUCCACGCCCUCACCUACGCCCACGCCCACGCCCGCGCCCGCGCCCAAUCCCACCGCUGCUUCGACCGCUGUAUCUGCUGCCGCGAGGCCUGUAGCGGCCACUGUCACAAGCCAAAGACAAAAGACAGCCCUUGGAUUUGAGUCUGGCGUCGGCGCCCCUUCACACUCUCGACAGGCACCGCUUCCAUCUCUACCCUGGCGCAACGUCAUCUCUUGGCUGCGACAUCGCCGUUGGGGCAGCAUCCUCAGCCUCAGCCUCUCGUUCUCAACUCGACUCUUUCCUCCCCGCAUCUCCCCGCCCCCAACCCAAACCAACCCCGUUCCUUGUCUGCACCUCGGGCACGAGCAAGCAAGCAGUCUUGUCGGCAAGUUUCUCAUGUCUCCCAGAAUAACCAGAUCUUCCGCCCGCCAAGCAGCGAGCCAGGCGGCUCGAGCUCCUGCUGCCUCCUCGGCCUCUGCCGUACCCUUGCCAGAGUCCUCGUCUGCAACUGCUCCCCCACCAUCGUCGUCGUCGUCGUCGUCGUCCCGGAAGCGAAAAGUUUCGAGCGCGGAGAAGAGUCUUGCGACCGGACCCCAACCUAGCUCUUCGGUUCGACGGUCCAAGAGACAAAAGAUUCCUGAAGCUGCUGUCCCGCCACCACCAGAAACUGUACAUCAUUCAUCCCACUCAUCCUUGCCGCGGAAGGGGAGGGCCGCAGCGGAUAUGGACGGCGCCGAGUUAGUCAGAAGCUCGUUUUCCUUGGACAUGGCGCUAAUCAACGAGAGCAGGGUGCCUGCUGUAGCCGCCGCCAUGGAGACGUCUCCCACUUCUCAUACUGGUAGCCGAAGAUCAGCUCGAAGCAAGCCAACUUCUUCCCAGUCCCAAGGUCUGCCUCUACAUCUCACAGCGUCUGGCUUCUUUGCUAACUCGUUCCCCGAAGCCACCGUAACUUCGAUGCCGCCAAGUCGGGAGUCACAACUAUUUACAGGAAAUGCUUCUGACCAGGAUGCCAUUAUGACCGGCAUGGGCGAUGACAAGGAUCGGCUUUCUUCUUCGUCGCCUCAGAGGCAAGAUGCACAACCCCACAAGACUGUCAAAGGCGAUGGCCAUGGAGAGGACGAUGACUUGAGCAGAGACGGCGGCACAACCUCCAUCGAACACGCUUCAUACAACGACGACGAUGAAGACGACGAGGACGAAGAGGAGGACGAGGACGAACAUGAAAACGACAACGAAAACGAAAACGAGGACGAAGACGACGAAGACGACGAUGAAGAUGACGACGAGAACGACGACGACCCCUUUGGCGCUUAUGGCGGCCCAGGAGACCAUGACUCCGGCCUUUCUAGCACUUUGCGGGCUUUGACCGGCAUGAUGACCGGCUUGUCCAGUCGACUUCGGGAGCUUCUUGCAAGUCUACGUAGUGAUGAUUCGUCUGUCCAGGUGAUUGCUCUGCAAGAGCUGUCCGAGAUUUUCCUAGUGUCCAAUGAAGAUAAUCUCUCGGGCCACUUUUCUCCCGACGCCUUCGUCAAGGAGCUCGUUCAGCUCAUGUCUAGGGAAGAGAGCCCAGAGACCAUGCUCUUGGCCUGUCGCUGCCUUGCGAACCUCAUGGAAGCUCUACCCGCAAGCAUCGCCAAUGUUGUGUAUGGAAAUGCUGUUCCAGUUCUCUGCCAAAAGCUGCUCGAAAUCUCAUUCAUAGACCUCGCCGAGCAAGCUCUGAGUACGCUUGAGAAGAUCUCAACCGAGUAUCCUUCUAGUAUCGUCCGCGAAGGGGGCCUUACGGCGUGCCUAUCCUACCUUGACUUCUUUGCAACCAGCACGCAGCGAACGGCUGUGACCACUGCCGCCAAUUGUUGUCGAAACAUCCCCGACGACUCGUUUCCCGUGGUUAAAGAUGUUAUGCCAACCCUCCUGAAUGUCCUCAACAGUAACGACCAACGAGUUGUGGAGCAGGCUUCCUUGUGUGUUUCUGGCAUCGCCGAAAGCUUCAAGUAUCACCCAUCGAAGCUCGAAGAGCUGAUUAGCGUUGACCUUUUGCGCGCAAUAUUACGCCUUCUCGUCCCGGGGACGACCAAUCUCAUUGGGCCCAAUAUCCAUACUCAGUUCCUCCGUGUGCUAGCCUUCACUGCCAGGGCCAGCCCCAGACUCUCUUCUGAGCUGUUCAAACUAAACGUGGUGGAGACGCUCUAUCAGAUAUUGACGGGCGUCUCUCCCCCAACAGGGACCGAAGAUGUGGCAUCCAAGCUGGACAGUGUAAUCGUCAUGCAGGCGCUUAUUCAUCGACCUCGCGAGCAGAUUGUGGAAGCUCUCAAUGUCAUAUGCGAGCUGCUUCCGGGGUUACCUCGCAAUGCAGGGGUUGCCAUGGGAGACUUUAUGGAGUUGCACGAUGCGAUUGAGCCCAUUACGCCGUCGUCCUUGAGCGGUAGAAGUAACCCGAAUCACAACGACCGCCGCCUUGAGCUUUUGAAAGAUUGCAAGGACCAAGUUCGCCGUUUCGUGCUCAUCAUAUUUCCAACAUUAACCGACGCCUUCUCCAGCACAAUCAACCUGAGCGUGCGCCAGAAAGUCCUGACUGCCCAGAUAAAGAUGCUCUCCAACUUGGACGAAGGCCUGCUUGCGGAUGCAUUGGCGCCAGUACCUUAUGCAUCCUUUUUGGCUUCCAUUCUGUCACAAGAAGAUCAUCCUUCGCUGGUUAUUUUAGGUCUUCAAGCGACCGAGUUACUCCUUACUCGCCUUGACAGCGUUUAUCGAUAUCAGCUUUAUCGCGAGGGCGUGAUAUUUGAGAUACAAAAAUUAGCCCUGGGUGAUGGCCAGCCCAGCAUAAAGGAGGACCCUUCCAAAUCGAAGAAUGUGUCUCAAAGAUUGAGCUUGCCCGAUGCUGGCGAUAGCAGCGCGCCGUCAUCAGAUCAUGAGUCCGACGACAAUGAUAACGAAGACGAAGAGGUUGAGGACGAAGGCGAUGCUGUUGCUGCUCAUGAGCACCACUCUUCUGGCGGCGAUGAUGAGGAUGUCGAUAAUGAGCUCAACGCCAGCGACGCUUCACCAGCUAGUUCCCGUGGCUCGUCAAUGUCUUUGGAUGCCGCAACUCUUCCUUACGUCUCCAAUGUUCAACUGAUGAAGUCUCGUAUCGUCGUCAUCGCCAAAAAAUUCCUAGAGGCCCACGAAAAAGACGGCCGCAGUCAAGAAAUGCGAGCGCAGGCCACGCAGAUUCUCGAAACUUUGUCUCAUCUAGCAGACGAGCUCGAGGCCUUUUAUUUGACUCGCACAUCCAAAACGUUGUCUCCGGAAACUGGACGAAUGCUCUUCUCGAAGCUUUCCUCUUACUUUGACACCGAUAUCCUGGAAAGCGUUACUAGCGCAGAGCUUUUGGCCUCUGGCAUGGUAAGGGUGCUCCUCGCAGUCUUCAGCAAUCCCGACGAAGCACUGGCGCACUCUGCUCAGGCAAGCUUCUUAGAAGUAUUCAUGAGUCCCGCAAUGAAAUCUAGACCUAAAACUGGCAUCAUUGAAUCGCAAGCCACGCCGUUUAGUGUGCUGAUUCAUAAACUACAAGAUCUGCUCAGUAGGUCAGAGCACUUCGAGGUUAUCACAGUUCAUCAAAACAGCUUUGAAGGUAAUCGCAGCAGUCCGGCCUCAAUGCUGGGCAAGCAGCUUAAACUCAGGCUCGUCGCGGACGAUGAGUUAUCGAUUCCGCGCCCCUAUCGAAACAUCAUGGUUUCCAUUCACGCAAUUGCUACGUUCAAGUCGCUGGACGAUUAUCUUCGCCCACGAAUUAGCCUAGCAGAGCGGCCAAGGAUCUCUCGAAGGGAUGGGCUUUCUAGGGCUCUUGCGGCUAUAGCCAGCUCUGGCUUAUCCCAGAAUCUCACAGCAGGCGCCGGCCUAACUGAGCAGUCUUCCGCGCUGCCUGGGGCUACGCAACAGCCACCCUUGCCACCGACAUCUUCUGCGUCUUCGGGCUCUAGAUUCUCUGGAGCCAUCAACAGCAAGCCAGCCGAGAUGUCCAAUCCGCCCCCGCAUGCCGGACCCUCCAACGACAAAGGAUCUUUACGGCGGUCUUCCCGGCUUUUCAGAUCACCGGCAGGUGUAGCAACGCCCCCGACUCGUCCUCCCGACGAAGACAAGGCGCCGCAGCCUACCUUGGAGUGUGCGGACGAGAAGCAGCUCACCGAUGACGAUGACGAUGACGCUGGUGAUGGUACUGCUCUUGAUGCCAUUGUCGGUGAGCUCGACGAAGACAUUGGAGAGAAGGGAGAGGCGGAUACUUCUGCCGUCAAUCUGGAAGUAGCUGCUGAGAACGCCAUUUUGACUCGAAAGGAAGACAACUCAAGAGUUGCGACACCACCUGGAGCAAAUCUUCGUGACUACGAUCGAGUACUGUAUAGGAACAGUGCGCAUGCAGCACCCCACCCUUCAUCACGGCAUGCUUCUUACGCCUCUAUACUUCAGACUAUCCCGCAAGAUUGGCAUAUUGAGUUUACUCUAGAUGGCAAGGUUAUUCCCAACGAGACAACCAUUUACCGCGCCGUUCACAUGUCGACAUCUUCUACGAAUGACCAUGGUAAUAAAAACAUCUGGUCCUCGACGCAUCCCAUCAAGUUUCGAAGAGUUUCUGGGCAGCCCCCUGCAGAGUCCAGGACGAAUAGCUUCAAUGCCGAAGCUGAUGGAGAAGUAGACAAAGGCAUGGCGGCUUCACUGGCGAAGCACCCAAUAACUGCUUCCAUCUUGCAACUUCUCAACAUCCUUCACGACCUCAAUGCAAACAUAGAAGACGUUUUGGUCGAGAAUCGGAAUAGCCUCAUUGGCCUGCGCGUUGAGCUGCUGUCACAGUUUGUGAACACAAAGCUUACGGCCAAGCUCAAUCGUCAGCUCGAGGAGCCACUGAUCGUCGCAAGCAGCUGCUUGCCAAGCUGGUCUGAAGACCUAGCACGCCUUUACCCCUUUUUAUUCCCCUUUGAGACGCGGCAUCUCUUUCUCCAGUCGACAUCCUUUGGGUAUGCCAGGUCAAUGGCUCGUUGGCAGAAUGCGUAUUCCACAGACGAUAACCGGCGAGAUCGCUCCAACGAGCGGCCAUUCUUGGGCCGCCUCCAGCGGCAAAAGGUGCGAAUAUCUCGACUAAAGAUUCUCGAAUCCGCGUUGAAAGUUAUGGAACUGUACGGUGCUUCUCAAAGCAUACUAGAGGUGGAGUAUUUCGAGGAAGUCGGCACAGGCUUGGGCCCAACCCUUGAAUUCUACUCUACAGUGUCCAAGGAAUUCUCCAAGAAGAAGCUCAAGCUUUGGCGCGAAGUCGACUCUGCGGGCUCAGACGAGUUUGUGUCAGGCCAAACAGGGCUGUUUCCUCGCCCGCUCAGCUCUGAGGAGGCGACAACACCGAAUGGAGAGCGCAUUCUUCACAUGUUCAAAGCUCUCGGAAAAUUUGUGGCUCGGUCAAUGAUUGACUCACGCAUCAUUGAUAUUCAUUUGAAUCCAAUCUUUUUCCGAAUCGGAGAUGCCUCUCUGACCGGCGUCAAGCCAUCUCUAGGAGCAGUCAAGAUUGUCGAUCCUGUUCUUGCUCGCUCGCUCAUUACGAUCAAAAAGUUUGUGCUGGCCAAGAAAGAAAUUGACGAAGACCCAGCCCGCACGCCUGCGCAGAAGGUGGCAGAUACCGAGGGAAUUAUGAUUGACAAUAUGAGGCUGGAUGACCUCUGUCUCGAUUUUACCCUGCCCGGCUACCCGGAUAUUGAGCUCCAAGAGCACGGCUCCCUGAAGCGAGUCACGAUUGAGAAUGUCGAUCUAUACUUGGAAAGGGUCAUUGACAUGACUCUGGGGUCUGGCGUCAAACGUCAGAUUGACGCCUUCCGCACUGGCUUCUCGCAGGUUUUCCCAUACACGGCACUAAGAGCCUUUACGCCAGACGAAUUGGUUUCUUUGUUUGGCCGAGUAGAAGAGGACUGGAGUCUAGAGACUCUCAUGGAUUCGAUAAAGGCCGACCAUGGCUACAACAUGGACAGCCGAAGCGUCAAGAACUUACUGCAGACUAUGAGCGAACUGGAUCUCAAACAACGACGAGACUUUUUACAGUUUACUACGGGUAGCCCCAAGCUUCCCAUUGGCGGGUUCAAAAGUUUAACUCCAAUGUUUACUGUUGUUUGUAAACCCAGCGAGCCUCCGUACACCUCAGACGCUUACCUUCCGAGCGUCAUGACGUGCGUGAAUUAUCUAAAGCUUCCAGAUUACACUACCAUGGAUAUCCUCAAAAAGCAGCUGUACACUGCAAUCAGGGAAGGGCAAGGAGCGUUCCAUUUGUCAUGA